GUGUGUGGCUCCUCCUCCUCAUGUCCGCGGCUCGCCGAGGGGUUUGCACUUCCUCGAGUUGAAGCGAAGCCGGACUCUAUGAGUUUGUAAAAAAAUAAUAAUAAUACAUUUUCCUUUUUCAUGUCUGUAUUUUGUUAACCUUCUCGCCAUGUUGACCUUUUCGGAAGUCGCGGUGGUCCUGGCCGCCCUGUGCGCCACCGCGUCCGGUUACUUCGUCAGCGUUGAUGCUCACGCCGAGGAGUGUUUCUACGAGCGAGUCCACUCGGGCACCAAGAUGGGCCUCAUGUUCGAGGUGGCCGAGGGAGGCUUCCUGGACAUCGACGUGGAGAUCACAGGUCCCGACGGGAAGCAGAUCUAUAAAGGAGACAGAGAGUCGAGCGGGAAGUACUCCGUGGCUGCACACAUGGACGGCACUUACAAGUUCUGCUUCAGCAACAAGAUGUCCACCAUGACGCCCAAAAUCGUCAUGUUCACCAUCGACAUCGGUGAGGCACCGAAAGGAGACGGCAUGGAGACCGAGGUUGGUGGUGGCACCUGGGAUGCGCACCAAAACAAGCUGGAGGAGAUGAUUAACGAGCUGGCAGUGGCCAUGACGGCGGUCAAGCACGAGCAGGAGUACAUGGAGGUCCGGGAGAGGAUACACAGAGCGAUCAACGACAACACGAACAGUCGCGUGGUGCUCUGGUCUUUCUUCGAGGCUCUGGUGCUGGUGGCCAUGACCCUGGGACAGAUUUACUACCUGAAGAGGUUUUUUGAAGUGCGGCGAGUCGUUUAAUUCACCAUUUGUAACUUUUUUUUUUUUUUUUGUAUCCCAAAGUGUCUCGCCGUUCUUUGGACUUGGUUUUGGAGAAUAAAGAAAGACAUAAACUAUCAGGGGGGGGGGAAUGGGAAGAUGACCACGUCCUAGUCAACGACUCGACUCGUGAAAGGCACUCGGCUUUUUUCAUCCACGCUCCUGUUUAACAAGUUUUGUAUUUGUGUAAAGGUGCAACGAUUGAAAGAUUUUCCAGACUCGAUACCGAUCGAUUGGCUUUGUGUACGAGGGCGAGUCAAAUGCCAAAAGCUAAAAGCGCCACGUUUUUCAGAGGAAUCCGGAAAAACGUUUCGAAACGUGAAACGGAGAUGAUGUAGAUGUCGUGACACAAUUUGCAAUACACAAUACAAAAUAACCCAAAAAGCUUACAUUUGAUUCACCCUUGUAGCAUUUGAAAAAAAUAUUAAUGGAAAAUAUUCAAUUAGUGCACCUUUUUAAGAUACUUAGGAAAGCUAUCAGGAGAGUCCCACAAAAUAACAAAUUUAACCUGUGUUCAAAAGAGUUUCUUUCUUUUUUUCUUUUUUUUCCUUUUCUUUAAAUCAGAAACAUUGUUCACGUGUUGGGCUUUAAGGCAGGUAGAUAAAUUGAGUGUUGUGUUUCCUGAUUCCUGCCGCGAUCACACACGCUUCUUCCCUGUGAUGCGCCACAAGUUAGAGACACAACAGGAGUCAGUGUGUGUUGAUGUGUUUCAUGUGAUGGUGGUGGUGGUGUCGGUGGUCAGGGUUGAAUUUUAUCAUGUUAAAAUCAUAACACCAUCUACACCAACCGGGUAGAAAUCUGGAGUUUCUUUGCCACCUCAAGUCAGUGGAGUUAUAAAGAGGAUUAAAGUGUCAACUUUUUUUUGUAUUUUACCUUUUAGGUCAUUUUUUUUUAGAAAGGGUUUAAACAUCAGUCAGCUUUGAUUUGUAGUCUACAGACUUUAUUUACAGACAGUCUGUGAUUUGAAAUAAACCUCAACUCCUGUGUACAAAAUCUCUUCCUCAGGGUUUGGUAUUCAGACCUGAUGGGGAGGGGGGGGACCCUUAACACCUCAACUCACCUUCUUUUUUUAUUUUUAUUUUUUUUAAAGGAAACUAUUAGAGCUACUGGUUGUAUGGUUGUCAGUUCAAAUUAAAGGUGUGCUUUGUCUGUUCCCAGA